CCAGGAGCCGGCUUCCCCGCCUUCCCUGAAAUCCUCUCCCUCCCCCGCCCAUGCUGACGCCACAAAGCCCUUAGGCCACAGGCGCCAGCCAUAGCCCCAUGGGCUCGGCGGAGCUGAACCCAGCCUUUCCUGGCCUCUAUGCGCGGUGCGGCGCACUGUACUGGGUCCCACUCCCUUGUGAGUACUAGUCCCCCACUCUGACCCCCACCCCACUCCGGAGUCACAUUCCUACGGCCUCUGGUCAAGCCCGGGUCCAUCCCCAACCUCUGACUGUGGGCCUUCAAGCCCGUACCCGCCGGUCCAGGACAGGGUUGUACGUGAGAACUGUGGACCACUCCCACCAUUAGGAUCACCUGAUGACCAGCACUAACAAAGGGACAUUCCUAGCACCAUAGGUGACCUGGAGCCGAGCACUGCCUCUGCCUCAGCGUGAGCCAGACCUUCAAUCCUUGGUUAUGCUGUGCCCUUAGGACUCCUGAGGAGGAAGAGAGCUGAUGUGAUGUGCUCCGGGCCCAGAAGCUCUAAUAGAAUUAUCUUUCGGCAGACUCCAGAAUGCUUGCAGAAUCCAUAGAUGACGUUGCUUUAGGGGGUUGCAAAAAAGAGUAUGAAGGAGCCAUGGAUGCUGUGGAACUUGCGAGAAAGCUGCAAGAGGAGGCCACAUGUUCCAUCUGCCUUGAUUAUUUCAUAGACCCGGUUAUGACAACCUGUGGCCACAAUUUCUGCCGUGAGUGCAUCCAACUGAGCUGGGAAAAGGCCAAAGGCAAGAAGGGAAGGAGGAAGAGAAAGAGUUCGUUCUCCUGCCCAGAGUGCAGGGAAAUGUCCCCACAGAGGAACCUGCGACCCAACCGCCUACUGACUAAGGUGGCUGAGAUGGCCCGCCAGCACCCUGGCCUCCAAAAGCGGGACCUAUGCCAGGUGCACCAGGAACCCCUUAAACUCUUUUGUGAAGAGGAUCAAAUCCCCAUCUGCGUAGUCUGCAGGGAAUCUCGGGAGCACCGGACGCACACGGUGCUGCCCAUGGAGGAGGCUGUAAAAGAGUAUAAGCUAAAGUUGGAGGAGGACAUGAAAUACCUUCGGGAGGAAAUGAUGAAGACAGAAAAUCUGCAGGCCAAGGAGGAGCAGACCUUAGCUGAGUGGCAGGACAAGGUGAAGGAGCGGAGAGAGCGCAUCAUGGCGGAGUUUGAGAAGAUGGGCCUCUUCCUGAUGGAGGAAGAACGAAGGCUCCUCCAAGCCCUGAAGAAGGAGGAAGACAAGAUAAUGGCAGGGCUGCAGGAGAGCAAGACCUCCCUGGAACAACAGAGCCACUCUCUGGAGAUGCUGCUGCUGCAGAUGGAGGACAGACAUGAGCGGGAGCCCCUUCGGAUGCUGCAGGAUAUGAAGAACCCCUUGGGCAGGAAGAACAGCGUGAGUGUGCAGUACCCAGAGGCCAACCUCCCCACCGUGCUCAGAACUGUGUGCAGGGUUCCUGGGCAGAUAGAGGUGCUCAAAGGUUUCCAAGAAGAUGUAGUGCCUGACCCCACUUCAGCCUACCCCUACCUCCUUCUGUAUGAGAGCCGCCAGAGACGCUACCUCAGCUCCCCACCAGAAGGCAGCAUACUCUGCAGUAAAGACAGGUUCAUGGCCUACCCCUGUGCCGUGGGCCAGAAGACCUUCUCCUCUGGGAGACACUACUGGGAGGUUGGCAUGAACCUCACUGGGGAUGCACUGUGGGCCUUGGGCGUGUGCAGAGACAAUGUGAGUCGGAAAGACAGGGUCCCCAAGUCUCCAGAAAAUGGCUUCUGGGUGGUGCAGCUGUCCAAAGGAAAGAAGUACUCGUCAACAAUGUCUGCCCCAAUUCCGGUCACGCUGACUGAACCUCCCAGCCACAUGGGCAUCUUCCUGGACUUCGAGGCUGGGGAAGUAUCAUUCUACAGUGUGAACGACGGGUCCCACCUGCACACCUACUCUCAGGGUGCCUUCCCAGGCCCUUUGCAGCCUUUCUUCUGCUUGGGGGCUCCUAAAUCAGGCCAGAUGGUCAUCUCCACAGUGACACUAUGGGUGAAGGGAUAGAGACACCAGCAGGGCCUGCCUUCAUCUCUACAGAAAACGAGGUCCUUCAGCACAUCACAGACCACCACUGGGAUUCUUGGGUAUCCCACUGAGAGCUAUUGGUGGUUUCUCCCAAAGUCUAAAUAUAAUGAUUAAAGCAAUCAAACGUUGAGACUAUACUGACAGACACUCUGUUGAGGAAACUUUCAAAGCCCUUACUUUUCAAGUGGACCCAUUUCUAAAUACAUACCUGCAUACCAGCACAAUGUGGUCUAGUUUUCU